GCCUUUGGCAUGCUUACCUCAAUCCAAUGGCUUCUUCUUCCUCCAUAACCAUGGCUAUUCUUUCACUUGUCGUCCUCCUCCUCCUCGGGAGCUCCUCUGCCCAACUCUCGACGAGUUAUUACUCGUCGUCCUGCCCCGAUCUCUUCAGCACAGUGAGCGGCGUCGUCCAGUCGGCCAUCUCGAAGGAGAAGCGGAUGGGCGCGUCCCUCCUUCGCCUCUUCUUCCACGACUGCUUCGUCAACGGGUGUGAUGGUUCGAUACUACUGGAUGACACCUCCGGCUUCACCGGGGAGAAGACUGCUAACCCUAACCAGAACUCGGUGAGAGGGUUCGACGUUGUAGACGACAUAAAGACUGCGGUGGAGAAGGUGUGCCCCGGCGUGGUGUCGUGUGCCGACAUCUUGGCCAUCGCUGCGAGAGACUCGGUUGCUACACUUGGAGGCCGGAGUUGGAACGUGAAGCUGGGAAGAAGGGACUCGACGACGGCAAGCUUGUCUGCAGCUAACAAUAACAUUCCCCCACCAAGUUCCUCACUCAGCAACCUCAUCUCCAAGUUCUCGGAUCAGGGUCUCUCGACCAAGGACUUGGUGGCUCUCUCUGGUGCACACACCAUUGGCCAAGCAAGAUGCAUCUCCUUCAGGGCGCACAUAUACACCGACACCAACAUCGACAGCGGCUUCGCUAACACGAGGCAGUCGAAUUGCCCGAGCACAGCUGGUUCCGGGGACAAUAACUUGGCACCAUUAGACCUGCAGACUCCGACCACCUUCGACAACAACUACUACAAGAAUCUCAUCAGCACGAAGGGUCUCCUGCACUCGGAUCAAGAGCUUUACAACGGCGGUUCGACCGACUCACAGGUGAAGGCCUACAGCAACAGCUCCGGCAGCUUCUACUCCGACUUCGCAGCUGCCAUGAUCAAGAUGGGAGACAUCAGCCCCCUCACGGGCUCCAGCGGUGAGAUUAGGAAGAACUGCAGGAAGAUUAACUAAAGGUGAAAGCGCCAUAUAGUAUAAUAAGGGUCAAUGGUUUGUUUCCAGUCCUCAGAUUUGAUGUGCAAGUUUGUGAGCUUGUUCGAAGCAUUCCAAGUUGUGAAUCUGCUCUCAUCUGAACGAAGAAAUGAUUUCGGUUCUUGAAA